GAGAGAGAGAGAGAGGAGAACGCAGGAAGACGCAUGACAAUUCACACAAGUUGUUUUGCAGAGACUUCAGAAGUGACAAAACCAUGUCAUCGACUCGCAGGUGAAAACCAAAGAAAAAACGAUUUAGUCUGGCGAUGCGUAACUUUUAAAGUAUAUUCCUUUGUUAUCAGUAUUUAGAGAAUCGAUCUCAAGAGUAUUUGCGUCGAUUUCGAAGGUAAUUCUGAAACUUGCUAGUAGAUAGAUAGAAUGUCCCGUAAAAAGGCGGGUAAAGGCAAAAACGCCGGCAGCAGUCCAACUACAGGUAGCCCGACGGGCAAGCCUGACGGGACAGCUGGAAAAACUAACCCUGGCGGUGUGGUUCAAGCGAACGGCGUGGUCCAUCCUAGCCGGCCGUCACUGAGCAACAGCAGCGAGUUUUACGACAUCGCCUUUAAGGUGAUGCUGGUGGGAGACUCUGGGGUGGGAAAGACCUGUCUGUUGGUGCGCUUCAAAGAUGGAGCCUUCCUGGCAGGAAGCUUCAUAUCCACUGUGGGCAUCGACUUCCGGAAUAAAGUGCUGAACAUUGAUGGAGUGAAGGUGAAGCUCCAGAUCUGGGACACGGCUGGACAGGAGCGCUUCCGCAGCGUCACCCACGCCUACUACCGUGACGCCCAUGCCCUCCUGCUGCUGUAUGACGUCACCAACAAGACAUCAUUCGACAACAUCCAGGCCUGGCUGACAGAGAUCCACGAGUACACUCAACAGGAUGCGGUUCUGAUGCUGCUCGGCAACAAGGCGGACUCCACACAUGAAAGAGUGGUGAAGAGAGAGGAUGGAGAAAAGCUGGCUAAGGAGUUUGGUGUCCCCUACAUGGAGACCAGUGCCAAGUCAGGCUUAAAUGUGGAGCUUGCCUUCACUGCUGUGGCCAAAGAGCUGAAGCACAGGUCUAUGAAGGAGUCCAGUGACAAGUUCAAGCUCCAUGAUUACGUCAACAAAGAGAUGAAGAGUGCAGGCUGCUGCAGGACCUAAACUCACAUCUUGUUGGUCACAUCGAGUGUGUGUUUGUGUGGGUGUGUGAGUGAGUCUGGUAUGUGUAUUUGUGUGUGUGUGUGUCUUUUACUCAUUGUCUUUUACUUAUUUUAUUCAUCUAGAAAAUACUUUUAUCCAAAGCGUGUUUUGUUUGCGUGUUAUCCUGUGUGUGUGUGUGUGUGUGUGUGUGUGUGUGUGUGUGUGUGUGCACGUGUGAACGUGUGUGUAACAAGAGAGUUCAUGGAAUCACAACUCUGUCACUGUGUUGUGAGACAAAUGAGGAGUCAGAUAUGCUGAGAGAACGGAUUCAGCAGGGUAUACUGUGUGUCUGUGACCAUCCUGUCCUUUUUGCACUAGGCCAAUUCAUUUCAUGUAUAUUUAUAUUCAGAUGUACCCUUUUUAUCCAAAGGAAUUCUGAUCACAGUUGGAGAACUCUUUAGAAAGAUUCCAUUAGUCAAAUCAUUCGACCUGAAACCAGCCACGUGAGAAGAGAAGAACUCUGCGAAGAUUGUUCCCAUCUUUCCUCCCCUCCCUCCAUCCUGUAAUGUCCAAAGCCACAGCAUCUCAGUGACAUCAAAGUGCUGUAUGUCAUCAUUGAUUAUACUCCACGCACCACCUAGUGGACAGUACAUAUCACAUGUAACGGGCAAACAGUAAACUCUCCAAAGGUUGCAUGUCUUUAUAAUAAUGAUGUGGCUUAACGCUGAGAAAAUCACACAUUCCUUCUCAGUCCCUCCUCCCUUCACUUAAUCCCGUCCCGCAGUGUUCUGGGGAAGCCCUCCUCCACAAUGACCCACCUCCUCCUCCACAGUGACCCACCUCCUCCUCCACAGUGACCCACCUCCUCCUACAGCAGUGAAUGUACGAACACCCCUCAAACAGCCUUCUCCCUUUUCAACUAAUUUAGACAGGUAGUUUGACAUGUUUAAAACAGUCAUCUGGUUUAAAAGAUCCCUACUCCAUCCAUUCCCCAUGGCUCAGUUUGACCCCAGCAUGCCUUCUUACCCCUCACUAUCACCCCUCAACUGUUACUGUUAUGCUAGUCCAAAACCCUUUACCAUUGUUCCUUCUUCAAAUCCAAUCAAAUAUUUCGUAAUGCCACACAUUAGGGUCCCAUGGGUGUGUUGACAGAUUUAAACAUACUGUGUCCUAGAAACAUAGAAAUGGACCACUGGCACGUACAAAUGUAUCUCACUAUAGCAUCCUAAUGUGGUGUUUGUGUUGGUCACUGUCUUGUGUGAACAUCCAUCUCAGUUCCCUGUUGUCAUACCACACCGUCUCCUAUUCAGUGUAGGAGGUUUCCUUCAGCCCCUUCGACUCACCAGCAUUCUCUUUAUAUAGAAUAUCUCUUUCAUUUACCAAGCAUUUAUAUGUGACUGAUGGUAUUAUUUCUACAUAACGGUAAAAAGGGUUAUUUUUAGAUAUUUGUAUUACUGUGGAGUUCAGUUCUAAAGGUGGAGUCUUAGAGCCUCAUCCUUCUGAAGAUGACUGGGGAUGAUGAUGACUGGGGAUGAUCACUGGGGAUGAUGAUGACUGGGGAUGAUGAUGACUGGGGAUGAUGAUGACUGGGGAUGAUGACUGGGGAUGAUGAUGACUGGGGAUGAUGAUGACUGGGGAUGAUGAUGACUGGGGAUGAUCACUGGGGAUGAUGAUGACUGGGGAUGAUGACUGGGGAUGAUGAUGACUGGGGAUGAUGAUGACUGGGGAUGAUGACUGGGGAUGAUGAUGACUGGGGAUGAUGAUGACUGGGGAUGAUGAUGACUGGGGAUGAUCACUGGGGAUGAUGAUGACUGGGGAUGAUGAUGACUGGGGAUGAUGAUGACUGGGGAUGAUGACUGGGGAUGAGGAUGACUGGGGAUGAUGAUGACUGGGGAUGAUGAUGAUGGCAGAUCUCCUGUGACAUCACUAGAGGCCCCUCAACUAUACCUUGCAGAGUUGCUGUCUCUUGUCCAGUCAUACGGCUGAUAGGAUUUGAGAAAUAUGUAAUGUUUUAAGUUUUAUGAAGGCUUACGGGUGUAUGCAUAUUUUUGAAUCAAUACAGCUAUCAUUUUCACUAACAAUAUGUAGGAUAUAUGUAGAAUGUUUUUUUGCAGCUUCUGGCAGUGUAUGACUGUUUUAUUAGGGGAAUUCUAUACUUUUUUCCAUAGAUUUCUAGUAGUGGUUUAGAUGUAAAUGGCUUGAAGAGGAAGUUGGGAACCUGUAAAGAACCGAAAGCACAUGUCUUACUAAAGCCUUUGGUUAGAAUAGAAGUGUUGUACAGUAACUGGUAAUAAAAACACAACAACAAGGAAUGGAAACCAAUUACCUUUUGAAAUAGUUAUUGUCAAAGCUUCAGUAUUGUUUAAUAUAUUCAUUGAUAUCUCUGCUUACUUUUUCUAAAAAAAGUAUAUGGCUAUGGUGUUUGUAAAUAUUGUGUUUGUUGUCUUUAAAUGUUUUAUCCCUAUCAUGGAUUUUAA